AUCUAAGUACACAUAAUACCGCAUUUGAGAUUUUUUCGUAUUUAUCUUUUAUUUUUGCCGCUAUUAACUCGUUAUAAUGUUUUGUUCUCGUAAGAGAACCUAAUUAUCAAUGGCAAACAGUGAUGGAGUUCAAUGAAUGUCGACCAAAUGAGGUAUUGGACCCGGUUGAUUUAGAGUUCUAUUCGGAAAGAUCUCGCACACCGAGUCCUGCCCCUGUGCUCACUACAAACGUAUGUUGCGACUUGGAAGACAUAUUGAGCGACGCCAUAUCAGAGUCCCUCCAGGGUUCACUAAGAGUAAGCCGAAGUCAAUUAAUAAAUCAAGAACUAACAAUAAGACCAGAAGCAAAUAUUGAGUCAAACGUUCCAGAAGAGCUUGAUCUUUACAAAGUUAUAUUUGAAGUUGAAAGUGAUUCUGAAGCAAAGAUGGGCGACUUAGAUGGUGCCACUGCUGCUGUUAAAAACGACACUUCUAAAAGCCAGGACUCAUGCCGUUUGGUCGGCGGGUCGAAGUUCUACGAGAUGUUGGAUGGGUCACAGGCGGCUGACACCGCCACGCCCUCGCCCACUGAGAAGCAGGACCACAUGAAACCCAUUGAGAGCGAUGAUGAAGUAUCAGACGUGGACCAGGAUUGCACCGUGUUCUGUGGGGUGAGCUACCUCGGAGCGCAGAACAUCGCCGACCCCAAGUCUGAGCAGGACAUCCAGCGCAUCAUGCAGGAGCUCAGCUCAAUGCCGGAGAAUAGAGACGGCAUCGCUGUCUCUAUAUCCAUACCCGUUUGUUCCCAGGGACUUGUCGUCCUAUACCAAGCGGACAGUAAUAGCGUGAUGACGCGGUAUGCGGUGAAUCGCAUCUCGUUCUACGCACGUGGUGCAGCCGGCUCACCUGUCGCCUCCUGCUUCGCCUUCACCUGGUCCCACGGCGAGACCAAGGAGUCAGCCGUCUACCGCUGUCAUGUAUUCAGGUGUCACAUCGCGGAGGCGGUCAAUCAAGUCUCUAGUUGUUUCGCAAAAGCAUUUGAGCGCAUUCCGCGAUCAAUGGCGUCAUCACUAGUGGGCGAGUUGAGCGCAGCGCCUUCACUGACUGGCUCGCUGACUGAGACAGUGGGGCCAGCGCCUCCAAUGCAGCUCAUGCAUGUACUGGAAUGUACAGUUGACUUGAAGGAAACAGAUGCCAAGGGUACUUAUAGUCAUGUGCCAAAGGAACGUCUCGGCUUCAAACUGAGGGGAGGCAUUGAUAAGCAGGUCACCAUCAAUGUGCAACAAGUCACCAACAAUGUGCAGCCUGAGAUGGAUGACUCUCAGAUGUCGUAUACCGGCGGGUUAUACAUAGAACGAUGCUUUGGUAUACUUCUCGCUCCGGGACGCAGUGUCAAACAUUCCGAUAUGAGAUUACUUGAAAUGGUGAGCGGUGCAUCAGGUGGUUCAGGUUGCUCGGUGUGCGCGCUGUGGAAUGCAGGCGAGGCCGCGCUCGCUGCCUUCAACGUGGCGAGUGGUGAUGGCGCGCCUGCAUACAUGUCGCUAGCUUUGGACCUUGUUAUUAGAGGCAUUAGAGAUCCUCUCAGAUUGGUUAUAGAAACACCAGUGAAAGUUUACCCGCCAACAGAAAGGUUCUGGUACUAUUCGAAGCGACCUCUGGUGCAACAGUUUUAUAUCAAUUUGAAAGAGUCGCUGGAUGUACUAGGACAACUGCAAUACGAGGUUGCGAGUGUGGAAACUUCUGGAGAAUUAGACAGAUCUCGUCUGAACUUGCCGCUGUCCUUGUCUAAUCUAUUGCCGUCUCCCUUGUCCAGUGCGCCUGCGCCACCUUCGCCAUCGGAACCCGAUUCUGAUGGCGACGAGCCACUUUUGAGUGGAACUGGCGAAGUGUCUAAAGAUUGCGGAGUUGAUGUUCUCGAAAACUGGGCGCAAGUGUUAAGAAAUUGGAUAGGUCCACGUCCGCGCGCGCUGAGCCAGCUGGUGCGUGUGGGCGUGCCGGAGGCGCUGCGCGGUGAGGUGUGGCUGCGACUGGCUGGUGUCGACCAGAACGACAAGCUCAUGGAGACCUACAGGACCCUCAUCAGCAAGGAGUGUCCGUUCGAGGCGGUGAUCCAGCGUGACAUAGCGCGCACGUUCCCCGCACACGACUUCUUCCGCGAGGCGGGCGGCCUGGGACAGGACUCGCUGCUGCGUAUGGCGCGCGCGUAUGCCGUCUACGACCACGAGGUCGGCUACUGCCAGGGGCUCAGCUUCCUCGCCGCCACCUUACUGCUGCAUAUGCCGGAGGAGCAAGCGUUCUGUCUCCUGGUGCGUCUGAUGUACGGCUACGGGCUGCGCGAGCUGUACAAGGACGGCUUCGAAGCGCUCUACAUGAGGCUACAUCAAUUGGAUAGAUUGAUGGAGGAGCAACUGAAUGAUCUUCGAGCUCAUUUCCAAGAGCUGGGCGUGGAACCUCACAUGUUCGCGUCUCAGUGGUUCCUCACAGUGUUCACCGCGAGGUUCCCUUUGCCAUUGGUGUACCACAUUCUGGACGUGUUCCUGCUGCAAGGUAUGGACACGCUGUUCCAAGUUGCGCUGGCGCUGCUCUCGCGUUCCCGCAAGGACCUGCUACAGCACGACUUUGAGGGCGUGCUCAAAUAUUUUAGAGUAACAUUACCGAAGAAAUGUCGUGCGGAAGAGUCCUCCCGUCAAAUUGUAAAACUGGCCUGCAGUAUCAAAGUGAAGAGGCUGCAAAAGUAUCAACUUGAAUACGAGAAAUUCAUCAAAGAAUCAGCAGAAAAGGAGAAGAUAAAUGUUGAACUGGAAAGUCUGAAGGUGAGCUGCGGUCAGCUGCAGCAGGAGAAAGAGUCAUUGGAAUCACAGCUUACACAGAAUCGUAGCGCAUUAGAGGAAAUGCAAAAGGAGUCUGUACACUACGCGGCGGUAGCGCGUGACUACCGCGAGAUCUGCGCGCGGCUUGACAAGCAAGUGCAUCAAAUGCAGGAAUAUGUCAAAAACUGUGUAAAUUGCAGCGUCAAACUCGCGCAGAAAGAUAACAAAGAAGAGUGCGAGCAGAAGGGGGGCGAGGAGAAAGUGGAAGGUUCCAGCGAGACUGAGGCGCGGCUGCGGCAGCGCGUCCGGGACCUCGAGCUCGAGCUGGCGCAGGUGAAGCUCGCCCAUGUGCAGGCACAGUGCAGCAACCAGGAACUAAGCCACCAGCUGAACGCUGCCCUCAACGAGAUGCAGAUGAACCAGAAGCAAUCGGUGACGCCGUGGCUCGUGCGCACGCUCGGUUCCAUAAUGGAGGCGGCUCAGAACAGACCCUCAUUCCAGACUUAUUUACCCAAUAUGAAUCAAGAACCAGCAACGAUACAAAGGCAAGGCUCUCUAACUAACGUUCAAACUCAGUCCCAUUCUAUCGCGGACAGGCGUGUCUCUGAACCUUACAGUCCCGACGUAGUCAGGAGGAAGAAAGAUCUCAAUACAAAACGACAUUCAAUGCUCGUCGAAUCCAAUAUAACCAAAGAGGCUAAGGAACUCAAUCGACGGAGCCAUCAUGACGUCACAAUUGUCAAAAACCUGUCAAUGGGUUGACGUAAGCGUUCCGUUUCACAACUGUCACAUCUAUGUUAGUGUUGCCUGUAAAUAUUGUUGCGCCAUGGGGCCAUCGCUUCACCCGAGCGUCAGGGUUGCCAGAUAAAAGACGUAGUAUAAAAUGUAUAUUUUACUAUGUUUAGGAAGCUUUUUACGCACCGGUUAUCCUAGUCCUAAUAUAAAGCUUUCUCUUUAUAUACCAAAAGAGUUGUCCACGCAGGAUCUGGCAACUCUGAGUUGUCAUAGAUUAAAAAUUAACCGAAUAUAUGAAAAUUAUGAAUACCAUUUUGCAAUAUAAGUGCACAUACUGUACCGCUAGUCAAUACGG